AUGCAGAUCUCUGUCCCUUCUCCCAACAGUAAAAAGCAAUCACCCUCGGAUCAUCGCCGGAACUCCGCCUUGCCCUUGCAAUGGAGAAUGACACAUAGCUCCCGCUGGAUGGCGCAGGUGGCAGCCUCAGAGCUCAGCCUAGUGGCCUUCAUCUUCAUGCUGAUCAUGGUCUUCUCCAAGAAAUGGUUACACCCCUCCGGGAGCCGCUUCUAUAAGCGCUWUCCCAAGGAUAUAAACAACAUCAUCCAUACCUCAGUCCACGUCAUGUCCCUGGGGCUGCUGUAUACCUGCCCAGAUAGGAGCUGUUCCCAAGUAGAAAAUGAGAAAGACACUUUUAAGAUAUGGACGAAUCACCCAGUCUUUGGAGUAGCCAAGGUAAUCUUCAGCUUGGCGCUGGGGAUAGGCUUCCUGCUCACCAUCUGGUUGCACUUGCCGUACCUGCCAGGUCUUCAGAAAGUGCCUGCCUUUGGCUUGAUUGGAACCAUCAUGAGCUUCUGUGAAGUCACCCUCAUUUUCUCUGUCCUCCUGUUGUAUCCUAUUAACCUCUGGAUCUUCGAGGUGAAGAAGAAUCUGUCUGUUCCCCUUGGUUGGAGCUAUUUCAUUGGUUGGCUGGUAUUUAUCCUAUAUGUCACCUGUGGAAUYCUUUGCUAUUUGAACUACAGAACUUUCUGGAGUGUGAUUGUGAACCAUCCCUCUCACACUGGGUCCUGCAGUAUUAGUGGCGGCUCAGUGAAAGACACUCUGAAUGAUCAGACUAUAUCAGAAACCAACCAACGGAAGUUCCUGGAUCGUGAGCAAAAGAAUUAUACAUCUGCCAAGUUAUCCAUUCACCUAAAUCCUUCUUAUGACCAUUCCCCAAAAUCUUGA